AUGCCCACGUCGGAUCUGCGAGAAAUGCCCACAUCGGGCGAGCAAAUUGGCAAGCUGCUGGCCAUCAAGGCCAAGGAGGAAUCGAAAGGAAGGAGAAGGGAGUUCCCAACGAGACUCAGCUCAGCCACCCAGCGUGUCACCACCCGCCAGCACCGAGCCGCGCUGGAAGCCCUCAACCGCACCUCCCAAUUAACCGCUCCCGGCGAGGUUCGAUCCGUGUUCAUUCCGACUGCGGAGCAGCUGCCUGUCUGCGCCGCCGCGGCGGAGCGACGCGCCAACGUGGGCGGCAGCGAGUGGGCCCUCAUCGACACCCUGGACGUGGCGCUGUUCAUGAAGGAGAAGGAGGUCCAGCAGCGGCUGGCCAGGGAGGCGCAGGCGAGGCAGAAGGCCGCGCUGGACAAGCAGAUGGAGCAACUGACCCAGAUCAAGGCGGCCUCCGAGCAGCUUAAGUUGGCCGAGCGCGAUGAAGUGAACGCGUCCAUGCUGCUCCACCAAGCUCAAACCCGGCAACGGCUGGACAGCCAGAGGGUGGCGGCGCUACAAGAGAAGUCGGAGAGGGAGAAGACGCUUGCGGAAGCUCGCGCCGCGAAGGACGCCGCCAUGGCCGCCAAACGGCGCGAGGAGCAGCAGCAGAGCGCGGCGGUGGUGGCGGCGCUGGAAGCUGAGCGACAGGCGGCGUACCUGGCGGCGCUGGAUGCUAGGGAGGCGGCUGCUCGUACAAUGGUCGAAAAUGAGGUGAUGCUGGCGAAGCGGAGGGCGGCGGAGCUCGAGCAGAAGCGGCAGGACGCGGAGACGAGUCGGCGCAUGGCGGAGAUGAUGUUGGCUCAAGAGCGGGCUCGCGACGGCCAGGCGGAAGCCAUCCAGGCGGCCGUGAUGGCGCGAGCGAACCGGGCGGGAACCAAGGCCAUGGACGACAAGCGGGCGCUGCUGGAACGGCAGGCCCAGGCGGAGUCCCAGUCCGCAGCGGACAAGGCUGACGCCCUGCGGGCCAUGCAGCUCAGUCGCGACAGGGCCAUCCUCACGAAACGUAUUGUGGGCAGUCAGAGGGACGAGGCGCAGAUAAAGUCCAAGGCCGCACGGGAAACGACGGCCGGCACGCAACAGCGCUUGUUUGGCGCUCCAACUAGACGGGAUCUAUGCCCGUUGGUCUCCUAACAUAAACGAAGUCGCAACUGGGGGGCUCUUCCUGCCGACCGAACGAACCGAGCAUCUCAGAGAGCUCGCUACCAGGACUUGGGCGACCGGGAGCCCGACGAGUCUUCCCGGGCUGGGGAGGUCACCAAGCUCAAAAAUCCUCACGCAAAAAAGAGCGCAAAGAGCUCACACCACAAGACGCCAAACAGCCUCCUGAGACUACUACCCUCCUCCGCCUCUCCCUCCCUGGGCUAGUCCAGGGGAGAUAGCCCCCGUCGAGGGGGUAACACCGCACAAGUCCGCGCCCUUCCACAGCACUGGGUCUAAAUUGAAAAGUACUCAAACGGGAAGACCCUGCGGCAACGCCGGGCGAUCAAGCCUCCGGAAACCACAGGGGGGGAGGGUAGCCAGCUCGGCGCCCCCCCAAUACCGCUCUACCAAGACGGCUGUUCCCAAGAUCCUAUCUCACCUA